UAAAAUUUCCCAAUUCCUUCCCUCUAGGGUUUGCGGUUUCGACUUCUCCAGCGAUUAAAAUCCCCAAAUUCGUCUUCUCUCUUAGCACUUUCGUCUUCUUCGUUGCAGUAAACAUGCCGCAGAGGCACUCGAAGAACAACAAUGACCUAGCUUUCUUCACUUACGACGAGAAGAGGAAACUAGGGUACGGAACCCAAAAGGAGAGAUUGGGGAAGGAUUCGAUCAAGCCCUUCGAUGCUUGUUCCCUCUGCUUGAAACCCUUCAUCGACCCGAUGUGUUGCCAAAAGGGCCAUGUGUUCUGCAAGGAGUGCAUUCUCGAGUGUCUUUUGGCGCAGAAGAAAGACAUUCAGCGGAAGCUAGCUGCCCAUUCCGCUCAAAAGAAGCAAGAGAAAGAGGAGGAGGAAGAGAGGCAGACCUUGCAAAAAGCGAGAGAACUUGAUGAAUUUGAUCAGCAAAAUCAUGGUGCUUUACCUCGAUACAGUGACAGGAAUCACAGCCAAGACAAGAAUGGUUUUCACGGGGCAAAUAGUGUGAAGACAACGUCUUUUGAAGAAGAAGCUCUCAAGACAAUGAAAGCUUUCUGGCUUCCUUCGGCUACACCUGAGGCUCCCGCCAAAGUAGAAGCUCCCGAAACUCACACGCUCUGUCCGGAGGGCAAGGAGAAACUCAAGCUCAAGACCCUUUUCCCAAUCCGCUUCACAGAAGACAACAGCAGUGAGAAGAAGUCGUCUAGUUGUACCUAUGACAAGUCAUACAUCUGUCCGAGCUGCAAAGUCACACUCACAAACACGAUGUCUCUCGUGGCAAUUAGCUCAUGUGGGCAUGUGUUCUGCAAGAAAUGUGCUGAUAAGUUCAUGCCUGUUGACAAGGUCUGUCUUGUAUGCAACAAAUCAUGCAAGGAGAGGAACUUGGUUAACUUGGAGAAAGGUGGAACCGGAUUUGCAGGCCACGAUGAACGUCUCGAGGCUAAGGACUACAAGCAUUUGGGUAGCGGGAGCGGACUGGGGCUGGUCAGACCAGUGAAGACAUAAAAAAAACAACAAAAGUUAAAGUGUUUCUCUCCAAACUCUCUGUUCCUGUUUUGGACAUGGAAUGUGUCUUGCUCUGACUCUUAUGUUUCAAUCCAAUACGAUCUUAUAUGAUAAUGUAAUGGUUUGCAUUGAAUAUGCCAUUUUCAUGGUGUUGAACUAUGAAUUUGCAUAUUUUUGUAUCUGAUAUGUAUUGGAGGUAGAUGUGUUUGUGUCA